CCAUUGUUUCCUCUUCCUGUGAGCACAGACUUUGAACGAUCGGCUAGCGAGUUUCAUACGACCACUGUCAGAAAGAUAGGUCGCAAUCGCUUCCUCGUUGGCUAAUGACGCCGGAAAGCGCAAGGGAAUUUUAAAUCCCGUCAAAAGGGUUAAAUCACCUAACAACAAACCGAAAUGAUGGACUGAUAAACUUGCAUCACUCAAUGUGGCCCGGCAACCGCGGUGUCGAUCUUUAACGAGAGAAUGUCGAUAAUUUGGUUGUUGGUGUUGGGAUGUCAGACGCGUUGCAACUUGUAAUUAUGUUAUGUCAGGUGUUAGCAGAAGUUUCAGUUUAAAAAAAGUGCUGAAGUGUGGGCAGAGACAAUAAAUUCUGGUUUGAGCGUGACUGAUUUAAAGUGGAAAGUAUGCCAUGUACGUCUUCAUAUUAAAAGUGUUGAUGAUUUGACAAUGAUUGUAAAAAUGGAUGAAGUUGCGGACAGGAUAAGUCACAUGGAAACAUUUCUGUCACCGAACGUACAUUACAUAAUUGUUGAGAGUAGACAGAAUGAGGAUUCGGCAGCGUGGACUGCACCAUGCCUAACGGAGCAAUAUACAUUUGACUGGCAUAAAAUUAUGACUUCGUUGAACCUGUCAGAUAAUGUUCACAUUCUGAGCCAACCAGUACAUUGGUUCCCUGAAGUUGCUAAAAGAAUGUGGCCUAUAUUUCAUAAAGCUCAUAGUGUUUUAGCAAAUGUGGAUUCAGAGACCAUGGAGUAUUUCUGGGAUUUCUGCAGAUGGACAGGAAAAGAAAAAGACCUUAAAGAAUUGUAUGAAGAUUUCCGAAGUUAUAAUGAUACAAGCACAGUGGAAGCCAUAUUAUUUGUAACAUCUGUUUUGGAACGUUCAUUGGGAAAUGUUUACCUAUUGAGAGGAAAAACAGUACCAUUUCUACUGCGUGACCUCCUCGCAACAUCAGAGUUGAAGUCAAUUCUGGGUACUAUUCCUACAAUAUUCCUACAGUUACUGGUAGGCACUCCACUGUCUUUUAAUGUGCGUAACCUGGUAUGGCAUGGGUUUCUUCAUCCGGCUGAGAUACCCCCAUCACUGGCUACAGCACUCUUCGUUGCAGUUGCCAGUAUAGGGCAGCUGCUGUCUGCUGAGCUUGCUUCAAUUCCCCGCAGGCCUCAGGCCAGUGAUCUAUCUGAGCUCGCCAAACACAUGGAGCCACCUCCUGGUGACCUCGUACCACACGCGGUCCUGUCUGUUCUUAGAGAAUCUCCACUUAUUCCAUCACGACACCUUGAUUUUUGGACAUCUGCUUUACAGCACUAUCAUAGGGGUAGUUGGGGUCGGUGCUGCCUAGUGGCCCUGCCACAGCUUGAGCACUUGGCACGUGUGGCUUACUGUGUUGCUCACAGCUGCCCAUCUCGCUUACUCACUGCUGAAUCAACAACACGAUAUCUUACUCUGGAUGAUCUCCUAGAUACAUCUGAUACCAGCAUGCUGUCUUUACUUGGGGAAGGUCUUCUGCAGUUACUUAGAGAUUUACUGUCCCUACCAACAGGUCCCAGAUUGAGAGAUCGUCUCAGCCACGGAGAAGUCGACCUGGCAGAUAUUCCGAGCUGUUUAGCAGGACACUUGCUUGGCGCUGCAACAGCCAUAGCCCUCCGGUUCAGGGCCAGUUCUACACAGCCGUACAGCAAUUACACAUCUAGAUUCCAUAAUAUUGCCAUUUUGAAGACAGCUAUAUUGCAAACAACAAAGAGUAUUACAAUGUGGAAACAGUGCCCCAGGCCUCCAGAAACACCGUGGCCAAGUUGGAAUGAUGUGGUUAAUGUGAACAAAGAUGUUUGUAGCCUUUAUCAACAUCUAACCAAAUACGUAACAGCUACUUUGACUCAUGAAAAGCAUGUGGAUGAUGCUGAUAACUCGGGUAGGCUUGAAGACCUACCGAAUAUAUUGGAAGUAUUUCUGUCCAGUGUACAUAUCCCUAUAAUGCCUAUUCCAAAGAGUAAUAUGGAAGCCAUCACUUUACUCAGGCAAACAAUAGACAGUAUAGAAGCAAUAAAUGCCAAUGUCACCUCCAGCCUUGAAAUGAAAAUUCAGCUUUUUGUUACUCACAAAUUACGUUCACGGCAGCGAGUUACAUAUGGUCGUUUUCUUAACGUUGUGCCACGGCUGGAAGCUGUUUUGAAGUGUGUAAUUAUUAUAGUCAGUGUGCAUUUGCUUGAAAUGUCUAUGGUCCACACCAUCACAGAAAGAGACCAAGCAACAUACAUCAGGUUCCUGAGGACAAUUCUGCAAUUUGUUGCACUUACAGCAUCAAGUUCUACCCAUGAGAAAAACAGGUGGGAAGAGAUUGACACCUUGUCAAGGCAGUUUUGCCAACAAAUGUUGCAAAACAAACAUCUUGUCCCCAAGAAGCACACAGUUGGGACAUGCAAAUAAGGACCACUUUACAGCUAAAUUUUUGUGCCUCACAUCGCUUACCGUCUAUAAGUUUGAAGUUUGUUUAAAUCUCUGUUUUGACACUUUCUCUUUGAAAGGUGAAAGGUGAGAGGUGAGAGGGGAGAGGGGAGGGGGAUCUGCGGUACAUUGUCCAUCAGUUACAAGAGAAUAAUUCAAUAUGUAGACUGCUGUGCCCCUAACUAUUGUAUCAACAAAUAAUAAAUGAUACCAGAUGAAAUUUGC